CAAACCUUGCUUUUAAGCCUCCAGGUCGCGUGUCUUAACUGACAGCGCUUGCAAGUUUGCAGGAGGCAACGCCCCCUCGUGGGGAGGAGAGCGCGCGGCCGAAGCGACGGGCAGGGACCGGGCAGGCUCUCUCCACAGUCGCCUCCGCUGCCCAUCAGCAGAGAGGGAGGCAGGCGCUUUCUCCAGCUGGGCCGCGCGGUACCUGCGAGGAGCGGCACAGGAGCGACUUGCCUGCCCGCCUGCCGGCCGUCGGUGCUGACGAGGGGAGAGCGCGCGCGCAAUUGGGAUUGCCUUGACGGGCUCUUUUUUUCCAGCGAGCCUUCCCGAGAGAGCCGCGGGGGUUCGCAGGAGCUUUGCCUCCCGGGGAGAAAGCGAAACAAGUCUCUCCGCAUCCCGUCCUUUCUCUUCCUCUUCACCAGUCCCGGCCGAGGGCUUCCUCCUCCACUAUCAGAGUUCUCCUAUUGUGAGGGAAAGAAGGGGGGUGUAGAGGGGAGGGGGCGCGUUGCUGGGCAUCCCCUGUCCCCGGCAGAGUUAGACCCCCACCCGAGCGAGAGUUGUGGUGCGCGCCGGGCUGUGGAGGGAGGGAAACCUGCCCCGGCCCUGUGAACCUUUUGGUGGGGGGCAGAGGAAGCCCUGCGGCAGCGCCCCCGCGGGGCAGGGCGCGGAGAAUGGGGUCCAGGCUUAGGAGAGAGGCUUCGAGCCCUCCCCUUCCCCUCCCAUGAACUAGCCCGCCUCGAGGGAAAGGCGCGAGGGCUCCCCAGGGCGGCGCGAGCCCCGUCAGAAGAGGGAGCAGCAGGCAGGUCGCGGCGAAGCCAUGCCUUGGAGGCUGCGCUGGCUCUGGUGGUGGGCGCUGGUGUGCGGCAGCGGCGCUCCCUGCUGGGGCUCGCCGCCGCCCGCGCUGCCUCUGCUGCCCGCCGCGGGCGCGCUGCUCCCGGGCAGCCCGGGCGACGGCCAGGAGCAGCCGCCGGUCUCCACCGCCUCCCCCGCGGGCUUCCUCUACCGGCGCCUCAAGUCGCACGAGAAGCGGGAGAUGCAGAAGGAGAUCCUCUCCGUGCUGGGCUUGCCGCACCGACCCCGGCCUCUGCACGGCUUGCAGCAGCAACAGGCGGCAGAAGCGCCCCUGCCCCGGCGGCAAGAACCGGCGCCCCCUCCGGGCAGGCUCAACUCGGCCCCGCUCUUCAUGCUGGAUCUGUACAACGCUCUCUCCAGCGAGGAGGACGGCGGCGAGGGCAGCCCGCCGGCGCCUCCGAGCGCGCAGCCUUUGCCGCGCAAAACGCUCCUCGGUCAGCAGCAGCAGCAGCCCCCGGGCUCCGGAGCCCCCGCCUUGGCCAGCGCGCAGGACAGCGCCUUCCUCAGCGACGCCGACAUGGUCAUGAGCUUCGUCAACCUGGUUGAAUAUGACAAGGAAUUCACACCUUAUCAGCAACAUCACAAGGAGUUCAAGUUUAAUUUGUCUCAGAUUCCUGAAGGAGAGACAGUGACUGCUGCUGAGUUCCGAAUCUACAAAGAUUGUGUCUUUGGAGGCUUUAAAAAUCAAACCUUUCUGAUUACCAUCUAUCAAGUCUUACAAGAACAUCAGAACAGAGAUUCAGAUCUGUUUUUGCUGGAUACCAGAGUGGUGUGGGCCUCAGAAGAAGGCUGGCUAGAGUUUGACAUCACUGCCACCAGUAACAUGUGGGUGAUAAACCCUCAGCAUAACUUGGGACUCCAGAUGAGUGUGGUGACCAGGGAUGGCCUCAGUAUAAACCCUAGAGAAGCAGGACUAAUAGGUCGCGAUGGCCCUUAUGACAAACAGCCUUUCAUGGUGGCCUUUUUCAAAGUGAGCGAAGUUCAUGUUCGAACGGCUAGGUCAGCCACCGGCACGCACAGGCAGCAGAGUCGGAACCGCUCCACCCAGCCUCAGGAUGUUUCCAGAGCAUCCAGCAGCACAGAUUAUAACAGCAGUGAUUUAAAAACAGCUUGCAGGAAGCAUGAACUUUAUGUUAGCUUCCAGGACUUGGGAUGGCAGGACUGGAUAAUUGCACCAAAGGGCUAUGCAGCAAACUACUGUGAUGGAGAAUGUUCUUUCCCACUUAAUGCUCACAUGAAUGCCACCAAUCAUGCCAUUGUACAAACUUUGGUUCAUCUUAUGAAUCCGAAGUACGUUCCUAAACCAUGCUGUGCUCCAACAAAACUUAACGCAAUAUCGGUUCUCUACUUUGAUGACAAUUCCAAUGUCAUUUUGAAAAAAUACAGGAAUAUGGUGGUAAGAGCAUGUGGGUGUCACUGACAAGACCAACGUGAUGUGCUAUUCUUAAUGACUUUCAUCCAGUGCCUCAAAGAGAAAACGGAAUGCUUCUAGAAUAACAUUGUGCCUUAAGGAGCAAUAAGCAAAACCACAAGGAACUCCAGUGCUACUUGAGUAACUUCUAAAGCAAUUGUACAAUGGUGGCUCUUCUGGUUUCACAAUUUCUAAGUAUAUCAAGCAUAAACUGUACAGUAAGACUCAUCUUAUUACAGCAAAAGGGUACAGAUACACACCUGCCUGUUUUGAUCUCCAGUUCGGACUUGCUAAGCAAGCACUCAUCAAAUUCUAGUUGAUGCCAUAAGACGGAAAAUAAAUGCAUAAUUCAUGGCAAAAAGGCAAAGUUCUGACCAUAUACAGUCAAACUAAGCUAUUCAAGAUUGAACUCUAAAGGCAUGCAAGCUAGAUCACUUGCACUGGGCAAACUGCGGCACUUGGACUUCCUCCUAGAAGCGCAAGUAAAAACAUUACCAUUAACAGCCAUCUCAGCCUUUGCCGCUCUUCCGUCCCUGUCCAUGUAAAAACAACACAACUGGAAAUUUACCUUUGGUUCCUGAUUAUCAAGCACAUCUUCUGCCUUUCUAGCAGUCCAGUUGUUCAAUAGAUUGCAAGAUGCUAUUUGUACUCUUGCUUAUAAGACAACUUCUGUAUUACUCACUGUUGCCAGUUCUGACAGCUUUUUCAUACAUUCUGCCACCACUGCUGCUCUCUCUCUCUCAUAUGAACACAUGUAUACUUCCUGUACCUCAAAUGAACAGCAAAAAUCUAUGUCGAACUAAUCGACUGUAAGGCGGAAAACUGUCUAAAUCCCUACCCUCAUCUAAUUGACGUGCUUCAGACAAUGGUUAAAAGUGAGGGUUCUCGAAAUACAAACUUUGUCUCUAUGAUCUCCCUGACAUGAGGAAAAAAUCGCCUUUUGAGCAAUGAAAGGUUUAAUGUACAUAAAUACAUCGCCUAGACCUGACUCCACACAAUGGAAAAUUUCUCCCUAGGCAAAAAUUACAAGAAAAGUGCACUUCCCCUUUGAC